UAAAAAAAAAGUGUGAGAGACUGAGCAGCUCAAACUGGAGAUACAGACGGAGAGAGAAACAAUCAGAGCUUCAGACGCCUGCAGAGAAGAUGGACAUGAAGAUGAGCUGUGUGUGUUUGGUGCUGGGGCUGGUCCUGCUGAUGACCAUCUCCUCAGAUGCUUGUCCUCAUGGUCUUUGCCAUCCUGAUCUGUGCUGUUUCAACUUCAUCACUUUUAAAAUUCCAGACACAGAAAUACUAGAAGUGGUAAAAACACAUCACAACUGCCCCAAGACAGGCUAUGUGUUUACAACAAACAAGGGCAAAUUCUGCAAGGAGGACCUUCAGCAAACCCAAAAAUUGAGAUCUACAACUUCAACCCAACCCACACUCAGCACACAGAGCAGCUAAAAGCUUUACACAACUCUUUAA